AUGGCUCCAAAACGCAAAUCCAAUGCCAGCUCGUCAUCAUCGCCCGGCAAAAACACCACUCCCAGCAAAAAGAAGAAGAAAGAUGAAGAAGUAGAAUCCGAAGAUGAAGAAUCUUCUCAAUUGGAUGAUUUGGCUUCUCCUGCCAAGACCACCGUAUCGGAUCCUAAAGAAUUAGGAUUGUUGGAACAUUCGUAUGAUCCCGAUACUCAUUACAAAUUCAUUAGUUUCAAUGUCAAUGGAAUUAGUGCACUGAUGAAGAAGGAGAAUUAUAUUAAAUUAUUGGGAGAUUCUGAAAAACCCUAUUGUAUUUGUUUGCAAGAGACUAAACUUACAGCAAAGAAUCAAAGCAAGUUUGAAAAGAUUCUUCCUGGUUAUACAGCUCACUUUAAUCAUUGUGUGGCAAAGAAUGGUUAUUCUGGAACUGCUGUUUUUACUUUGGAUUCACAUCCUCCUGUAAAAGUCUCUUUUGGAAUGGGAAUUAGUAAGCAUGAUAAUGAAGGUCGUCUCAUUACAGUCGAAUACGAAGAUGUUUAUUUAGUGAAUACCUAUGUUCCAAACUCUGGUCAGAAACUAGAGAGACUUGAUUAUAGAACUACAGAAUGGGAUGUGGACAUGUUAAAUUAUUUGAAGAAACUUGAAGCAACCAAACCUGUCGUCUGGACUGGAGAUUUAAACGUUGCAGUAUUGGAUAUUGAUGUCCAUAAUCCAAAAGGUAACAAGAAAACUGCUGGGUUUACAGAUCAAGAACGUAAAGCCACUCCAAUUGUUCAACAUAAUUUUAUUGAUUCAUUUAGACUGUUCCAUCCUCAAACACCCGAUUGUUACACCUAUUGGGGUUAUCGAUUCAAUAUGAGAGCAAAAAAUAAGGGUUGGAGAUUGGAUUAUUUCAUUUGUUCUCAAAGCUUGAAAGAAAAUAUUGAGAGUAGUUAUAUUUUGAGUAAGGUACUUGGAAGUGAUCACUGUCCAAUUUCAUUAGUUUUGAAAAAGCCAAAGAAGGAGUAA